AUGAAAGGCACCGCAUCGCAAACCGCGCCAAAUGCCGAAUACUCCCCCGACUGGCGAAUCUCAUCCAAACCCCCAGGAACAAGGCACGAUUCAUCACACACGCCUGCCUUGAGACUUCCAGCUGACUGUUCUACAGCAAAUGUUGAUGGCAGACCUCCAUCCCCAGUUCGGCCGGAAGCCAAUCUGCUUGGCCACGAUGACAGUGACGGCCCCCCGGCAAAGAGGCGGAAAGUUGCAGGCGCUGACCACAAGGCAUCUCCUCGACCCAUUUCUCCGCCAUGGAAACGGGUCGCGGCAGAAGGCCCAACAACCUUUGUGGAAGAUGGCCGACGAAGAUCGGGAAGAGUCAACGUCGUCCCCCUCGCGCUACAGCCGCAGUCAACCAAGAGGCAGACACGCGCCGCUUUCGGAAAGGUAAAAGAGGAGCGACAAAAGCAAGCAAAGCCGCAAUACAAUAUGCCACCAAAAAGACCAAAAGCUACAGUGCAAACCCCGCCGCCUGUCAUUAAACGUGGCCCUGGCCGCCCACCGAAGAUUCGCGAUUCCGAGGUUGUGCAGCCCAUCAAGGUAGAAGAAGCGCAAAGACAUACAAAAGAGCCGAGUAUACGAUCGAAACCCUCAAACAAUCGCCGUCCGAAGUCUCCCCGCCGCCGCUCCGUUCCCCGUCCGCAGCGUACAGGGCCUCCGAAGGUGAAUGGCUUCCAAGAACAGGAGAUCUACACGAAUGGAGUGGUGGAUCUAGAUUCGGAGGGCGACAGCGAUCGAUCCGCCACUUCCGAUGGACUAACAUCACUGGCGAGGGGAACAUGUUCGCCGCCAACGAUACAAAAGGUCACCUUCCGUGUGAGGCUCCCGAAGCCGGCGAUUGCGACCCCUGCCAAUAUACCCUUGCCCAAGAAGUAUGCUUCUUUAGAGGAGUUUUUAGAACGGGAUGACUUGGAACCAAGAGCCGGGGAGGACACCUUGACACCAGAUCAAAUAAAGAAAGAGGCAAUAGCACGACGAAGAGUGAGAGAAGCGCAACAGCGAGGUGGGGUUCUGGAUAGAAGGCUCUCCAAUACCUUGCCCGACAAGCAAAGUGAACCAAAGAGACAGUUCGCUCAUCUCGACCAUCUUCUUGCGCAUGUGUGCCACUUUAGGACCCUUCUGCGCGCAGAAAGCAGGGAUCACCGGAAAAAGGCCGAAUUGCUGGCGCACGAGGCGAAAAAGUAUGUCGAAAACAAACGAAAACGCAACAAGGUCAAGACGCCGGAGGAGAUUGAGCAAGAGAAGCGAGAAGCUGCCAUUGCCUCCUAUCGGGCAGUGGCCAAGGACGUUGACAAGUUAUGGACAGCGGUAAGAGCCGAGGUCGAUGCAAUGCGGCAGAAGGAGUAUGAGGAGCUGCAGCAAGCCAAAAUGAAGGGUCACCUUGCUCGGGUAUUGGAUCGAACCGACCAGAUGCUUAGCCGAGUUGCGGACCAAGACGAGUUACCCACGGAUAGUGAAACGGAAAUGUCUUCCAACAGUGGUCUCGCCGAAUCCGAGUCCGAAAAUAGCGAGCAGAUGUCGGAAAGCGAGAGUGGCUCUGAAUCCGGGCUGGAUGCAGAUAAUCUUGAUGCACAGAUGUCAGUUGAAGAGUUGAAGCAAAAAUACGGCAAUCUGCCGGAUUUACCGACAGGAAGCCAGGAAGAUGACGAGAUUCCCGCAGUGGAGGAGGAUGAACAUGAGAACAACCGCGCGCAAUCCGACGACGACUCGGACCCAGAAACUGAAAUGGACAGCGAGUUCGACACGGAGGAUUCUGAUGCAAGUGAAGGUGACGAAGACGAAAGCGAGGAAGGCGAAGAGGACGGUUCCCGUAAUGGGCUUCUGUCGUUGUUCUCGAAGAAGGAGAUCGCCGAUAUGGCACCCACCGUCGAUGGGGACACUCCUGUUGAACAAGUCGACUCUGAAACUCGUCAAAAUCUGGUGGAGGUGUUGGAGGAUCAUCCCGUGCAAGAAGGUGGAAGUCAGCAGGAAGCGGAUCAGCCGACGACGGAUGCGUUUACGCACACGCAAGCGAGCCCAGCCCAGAACAACCAGGAUACAGACAUGACGGAUGCAUCCGCGUCUGCUAGUCUACAAGCCAUCACCAUCCGCCCAGCAUCGGAAGACCCGGUCAGCCUCGAGCUCAGCGUACAGACAUCACCUCACACAACGGCGACGAAGGUGUCAGAACCCGAGUCGGUAUCUUCCAUCGACACACAUGCGGACUCCGCACCACCUACUUCGCCCUCCGAGAUCAAGCAGUCGGCGAUAAAAACACCCGUACCGCAUCUCCUACGAGGCACUCUUCGAGAGUAUCAGCACGAAGGGCUUGACUGGCUUGCGGAUCUCUAUGCUAGCGGCAGGAAUGGCAUUCUUGCGGACGAAAUGGGUCUUGGAAAGACCAUUCAGAGCAUUGCAUUAUUAGCACAUCUUGCCGAAGUCUAUGAGGUCUGGGGACCCCAUCUUAUUGUGGUACCAACAAGUGUCAUGCUGAAUUGGGAAAUGGAAUUCAAAAAGUUCUUGCCGGGUUUCAAGAUUCUGACAUACUAUGGCAGUCUCGAGGAAAGGAAACAAAAGAGACGUGGAUGGAUGGCCGACGACAGUUUCAAUGUCUGCAUCACGUCAUAUCAACUCGUAUUACAAGAUGCAAACUCAUUCAAGAGGCGAAGGUGGCAUUAUAUGAUCCUGGACGAAGCUCACAACAUCAAGAACUUCCGCUCAGAAAGAUGGCAAACCAUGAUGACUUUCAACACCAGAGCCCGCCUCCUCUUGACUGGAACACCCCUCCAAAACAAUCUGACUGAACUAUGGUCGUUGUUGUUCUUUCUCCACUACGGUCAGGAAAAUCAUGGAGAGGAUGAUGCCUUCGCUGGCUUGAAGGAAUGGUCUGAGUGGUUCAAAAGGCCUGUGGAGUCCAUUCUCGAACACGGGCGCCAGGUGCUUGAUCAGGAAGACAAGCAGCAGGUUGCGAAGCUGCACAAGGUCAUUCGCCCGUUCCUCCUCCGCAGACUCAAGGCGGACGUCGAGAAGCAGAUGCCGCUCAAAUAUGAACACGUAGAGCUGUGCCGGCUGUCCAAGCGUCAACGGCAACUCUACGACGGCUUCAUGUCGAGAGCUUCGACAAGAGAGACCCUUGCUUCGGGAAACUAUUUGUCCAUCAUCAAUGCUCUGAUGCAGCUUCGAAAAGUCUGCAAUCACCCGGACCUGUUCGAGACGCGUCCCAUCAACACGUCCUUCGCGAUGCCCAAGUCAGUUGCCGCCAACUUCGAGAUCAAAGAUCUGUUAGUACGUCGACGGCUGAUGCUUGACGCCGCCGAUAAUCUAGAUCUCGACUUUCUGCAACUGGCGCCCAUCUCAGAGGAGCGGAUGUCAAUGAUCGAAGUCAUCGAGACCACCAAGCGACAUGCAUACCACCAACUGAAAGCUUUGCGAGACUCCCAGUGUCAAAGGGUUCCCAAGAAUACUGUAUGGCAUGGGGAAAAUCGUGCAGGAGUGCUCGGGUCGCUUGAGAAUGUGGGAAGGAAAGCUCGGGUUCAAGAAUUGGAUCGCACGAUGUACUUUGAAGCCUACCGCCAUCACCAGCACCCUAUAUACGGCAGGGGCCUGCUCAAACAACUUGCCAUCAGUACAUCAAGCGCUCAAUUGUCACAAUUGGCUUCGCAUAAAGCCCUUUCCAAUCGCUGGGACCAGGGGUUGCCAAUGCAUUCCUCCAACCUCGUACAUUCAAUCCAGUCGAGGUCGGAACAGAUGGAGCCCUUCGUUCAGCAAUUUGGUUGUGUCACGCCUGCCGUUGUCGCCACAGAUCUCAGCACUAUCGUCGUUACAGAGGCCGGAGCCGUUGCGAUGAGGGAAGCUCAAGCGGUUUGUGACCAGGACCCAUUCCAUCUGGCUCAGAUGAAGCUGUCGAUUGCUUUUCCCGAUAAGCGCCUGCUGCAAUAUGAUUGCGGCAAGUUGCAACGGUUGGACAAAUUGUUGCGUCAAUUGCAAGCGGGUGGCCACCGGGCUCUUAUCUUCACUCAGAUGACCAAGGUCCUUGACAUCUUGGAGCAGUUCUUGAACAUCCACGGCCAUCGAUAUCUGAGGUUGGACGGCGCCACCAAGAUUGAACAGCGACAAAUCCUGACGGACCGGUUCAACAAUGACCCUCGUAUCCUGGUGUUCAUCCUCUCGUCGAGGUCUGGUGGCUUGGGAAUCAACCUGACUGGAGCCGACACCGUGAUAUUCUACGAUCUAGAUUGGAAUCCUGCCAUGGACAAGCAGUGCACAGACCGUGCUCAUCGAAUCGGACAGACGCGCGAUGUUCAUAUCUAUCGGUUCGUGUCCGAGCAUACCAUCGAAUCGAACAUCCUGCGGAAAGCCAACCAGAAACAAUUGCUUGACGAUGUCGUGAUCCAAGAAGGGGAUUUCACCACGGAUUACAGGAACAAACUCAGCUACCGGGACAUGCUCGACGACAAUGCCGAAGAGGACGUUGCCGGUCUCGCAAUGGACCGCGUUCUCGGAAACGCCAGGGGUAAAUUGGCGGUCCUGGAGCAGGCAGAGGAUCAAGAAGAUCGUACUGCUGCAAAAGUUGCUGCUCGUGAAGUUCAACACGCGGAUGAUGGAGACUUCGAGGACAAAACAACAAGCGCAACGCCAGGGACCGCCGAUGCACAGACUCCAGGACCUUUCGGCGCAACUGAGACGGCACUGGCUGAAGCGCAGGUUGAAGGCGAACCGUCCGGUCAUAUUGAUGACUACCUGAUCCGCACGCAGUCUUUCCUGAUGCGCGACAUACCAUUGGGGCCUGGCAAAGAGAAACGCAGUAGGGCAAAAAGAAGGCGAGAUGAGCAUCGAGUCAGGAGGGUGAGAUGA